GGCAUCAUGGCUGCCGCGGCUGCGGCCACACCCAUCAAACACAUCCUGGAUAACCUGGACAGCUGCGACGCUUUCUUCGCAUCGCAGAUCGGCGCCAUCGCCGCCGACGCGAUGGCGCAGAGCCAGUCCGCCUUGUCCAUGAGCGCGCAGCUGCAGCUUCGCAACUUGGGGGCGAUCGGGGCUGCCCAAGCACCUACCCUGCAGAAUCGCAUCACCGCGUCGGGCUUCGCGGACAGCCACAAGGCGCGCCUCAGCGCCGCGCUGGCCGCGCGCGUGGGCACGGCGACGCCCGCACUCCAGAUGCGCGCGCAGACGCUCGCGUCAGGGCGGCGCUAUCCAUCGUGCUUUGCACAUCGGACCGCCGAUUUGUUAUUCACAUGUAUGUUUUAA